UGUGGGGAAGAUGAGAGCCAGAGCAAAGGUCAGAGGAUCCAUCAGAGACUCAAACCAGAACCAGAACCAGAACCCAGCUCUGUGUCCUUUAAAAGCGACAUGUCAAAGGAUGCGAUUUACUUUAAAUCUCCUGGAUCUCCACCAUCAGAGAGGAUCCAUCAGAGACUCAAACCAGAACCAGAACCAGAACCCAGCUCUGUGUCCUUUAAAAGCGACAUGUCAAAGGAUGCGAUUUACUUUAAAUCUCCUGGAUCUCCACCAUCAGAGAGGAUCCAUCAGAGACUCAAACCAGAACCAGAACCAGAACCCAGCUCUGUGUCCUUUAAAAGCGACUUUUCAAAGGAUCGUCCCAUUGACUUUAAAUCUCCUGGAUCUCCACCAUCAGAGAGGAUCCAUCAGAGACACAAACCAGAACCAGAACCAGAACCCAGCUGUGUGUCCUUUAAGAGCGACUUUUCAAAGGAUCGUCCCAUUGACUUUAAAUCUCCUGGAUCUCCACCAUCAGAGAGGAUCCAUCAGAGACACAAACCAGAACCAGAACCCAGCUGUGUGUCCUUUAAGAGCGACUUUUCAAAGGAUCGUCCCAUUGACUUUAAAUCUCCUGGAUCUCCACCAUCAGAGAGGAUCCAUCAGAGACACAAACCAGAACCAGAACCCAGCUGUGUGUCCUUUAAGAGCGACUUUUCAAAGGAUCGUCCCAUUGACUUUAAAUCUCCUGGAUCUCCACCAUCAGAGAGGAUCCAUCAGAGACACAAACCAGAACCAGAACCCAGCUGUGUGUCCUUUAAGAGCGACUUUUCAAAGGAUCGUCCCAUUGACUUUAAAUCUCCUGGAUCUCCACCAUCAGAGAGGAUCCAUCAGAGACUCAAACCAGAACCAGAACCAGAACCCAGCUGUGUGUCCUUUAAGAGCGACUUUUCAAAGGAUCGUCCCAUUGACUUUAAAUCUCCUGGAUCUCCACCAUCAGAGAGAGUGGACCAGCAGAGCUCAAAUGUCCCCAGUGGUCCAUCUGCCCAGCAGCAUCAAACACAGCUGGACUCCAUAUUUAGGCUGUUGGAGGACAAUAUUGUCACUUUUGUGAAGAAAGAACUGAAGAAGAUCCAGACAGAUCUUAGUCCAGAUUACCCAGAAUGUUCAGAGAGUCAGAGAGAUGAUGAGGUGUUAGAAGGUGAUGAUGAAGAACAGAGGGGGAGCAGCAGAGAGGCAGUGAUGAAGAUCACACUGAACUUCCUGAGGAGGAUGAAGCAGGAAAAGCUGGCUGACCAUCUGGAGAGCAGACAUUUUGCUGCAGUUUGUCAACAUAAACUUAAAUCUGGUCUGAAGAAGAAGUUCCAGUCUGUGUUUGAGGGGAUUGCUAAGGCAGGAAGUCCAACCCUUCUGAACCAGAUCUACACAGAGCUCUACAUCACAGAGGGAGGGACUGGAGAGGUCAAUGAUGAACAUGAGGUCAGACAGAUUGAAACAGCAUCCAGGAAACCACACAGACCAGAAACAACAAUCAGACAAGAAGACAUCUUUAAAGUCCCACCUGGAAGAGAUCAACCAAUCAGAACAGUGAUGACAAAGGGAGUGGCUGGCAUUGGGAAAACAGUCCUAACACAGAAGUUCACUCUGGACUGGGCUGAAGACAAAGCCCACCAGAACAUCCAGUUCAUAUUUCCAUUCACCUUCAGAGAGCUGAAUGUGCUGAAGGAGAAAAAGUUCAGCUUGGUGGAACUUGUUCAUCACUUCUUUAGUGAAACCAAAGAAAUGUGCAGCUUUGAACACUUCCAGGUUCUGUUCAUCAUUGAUGGUCUGGAUGAGAGUCGACUUCCUCUGGACUUCCACAACCAGGAGAUCCUGACUGAUGCUACAGAGUCCACCUCAGUGGACGUUCUGCUGACAAACCUCAUCAGGGGGAAACUGCUUCCCUCUGCUCUCCUCUGGAUAACCACACGACCUGCAGCAGCCAAUCAGAUCCCUCCUCAGUGUGUUGGCAUGGUAACAGAGGUCAGAGGUUUCAAUGAUCCACAGAAGGAGGAGUACUUCAGGAAGAGAUUCAGAGAUAAGCAGCAGGCCAACAUAAUCAUCUCCCACAUGAAGACAUCACGAAGCCUCCACAUCAUGUGCCACAUCCCAGUCUUCUGCUGGAUCAGUGCUACAGUUCUGGAGGAUGUGUUGGAGACCAGAGAGGGAGGAGAGCUGCCCAGAACCCUGACUGAGAUGUACAUCCACUUCCUGGUGGUUCAGACCAAAGUGAAGAAGGUCAAGUAUGAUGGAGGAGCUGAAACAGAUCCACACUGGAGUCCAGAGAGCAGGAAGAUGAUUGAGUCUCUGGGAAAACUGGCUUUUGAUCAGUUGCAGAAAGGAAACCUGAUCUUCUAUGAAUCAGACCUGACAGAGUGUGGCAUCGAUAUCAGAGCAGCCUCAGUGUACUCAGGAGUGUUCACACAGAUCUUUAAAGAGGAGAGAGGUCUGUACCAGGACAUGGUGUUCUGCUUCGUCCAUCUGAGCUUUCAGGAGUUUCUGGCUGCUCUUCAUGUUCAUCUGACCUUUAUCAACUCUGGUUCUGACGUGAUGAAAGAAACACAAAGAUCUAAGAAAUCUUCAUUACUUAAUAAAUCUCACCUAAAGUCUCUCCAUCAGAGAGCUGUUAACCAUGCCUUACAGAGUCCAAAUGGACACUUGGACUUGUUCCUCCGCUUCCUCCUGGGACUUUCACUGCAGACCAACGAGAGACUCCUACAAGGUCUGCUGACAGAGACAGGAAGUAGCUCACAGACCAAUCAGAAAACAGUUCAGUACAUCAAGGAGAAGAUCAGUGAGAAUGUCUCUGCAGAGAAAAGCAUCAAUCUGUUCCACUGUCUGAAUGAACUAAAUGAUCGUUCUCUAGUGAAGGAGAUCCAACAGUCUCUGAGUUCAGGAAGUCUCUCCACAGAUAAACUGUCUCCUGCUCAGUGGUCAGCUCUGGGUUUCAUCUUAGUGUCAUCAGGAAAAGAUCUGGAUGUGUUUGACCUGAAGAAAUACUCUGCUUCAGAGAAGGCUCUUCUGAGGCUGCUGCCAGUGGUUAAAGCCUCCAACAAAGCUCUACUGAGUUACUGUAACCUCUCAGAGAGAAGCUGUGAAGCUCUGUCCUCAGUUCUCAGUUCCCAGUCCUCCAGUCUCAGAGAACUGGACCUGAGUAACAACAACCUGCAGGAUUCAGGAGUGAAGCUUCUCUCUGCUGGACUGAAGAGUCCAAACUGCAACCUGGAAACUCUCAGGUAAAAUGUUCUCAAUGCUAGUUAUUUCUAUCCACUAGCUGCUAGCAGAGAUUGAAAAAAGUAUUUGACCACCCAUCCAAAUGAUCUUAAUCAGGUGUUCCAAUAACUUCCAUGGCCAAAGGUGUAUGAAAGUAAGCACCCAGGUAUGUAGACUGUUUAAACAAACAUUUGUGAAAUAAUGUGUUGCUCUCAGGAACUCAGUAAAUUCCAGAGUGGAACUGUGAUAGGAUGUGCAACAAGUGUUUGUUUUUUCAUGUCCUGGACAACUGAGAACCUAUAAAUAUGUAGAAACUGAAUAUUUGGUAAGUAUCAUAACUUAAACUUAAAGCUGAGCACCAGUUUCCUAGAAAAAUUUUCAGAAUUUAUUUUGUGGUUUUAAAGGCUCUACAUUGAAGAUGAUAAGUAAUAAAGACAUACUUUAUUUUGUAUUACUAUCAGCUUCAAUAGCCCCUCUGCUCUCAGCUCACAUACGGAGCUGUCGGCUAGUGGUAACACUCAGCCCCUCCAGUUUCAAACUCUUCUUAUUAAAGUAAGAGUUAAAGAGUUAAACAUAAUUGAAAUAUUAGCAACAUUCGACAGAAAAAGGAGCUAAGUCUAUGAAAGCAAUGUAGCCAGUUUUGCUACUUUUGAUUUAAGGCAUAAUAAUGCAGUUUAUCAUGAUUCAGCUGAAGAAAUGAAAUGAACAAACUGAGGUCUGAUUUUUGUUAGUGUGUUUCUUCCUAUUGAGCAGUGAAAGUAAAUAAAAUGUGUUACAUGUCUUUUGCUUUAAGUAUUUACUUACUGGAGGGUUUUUUGUUUGUGCUGCAGAGCCACAGCUAACAGCUAGCUCCUCACUUCAGCAGCUCUAACGGAGCCUGUGCCAUUCAGCUGCUGUUGCUCCUCCUACACUUUGGACUGAACCAU